ACUUAUGUCUUGUGUAGAUGAACGCUCAGCGUUGCUACUAAAGACUGCCGUCGCAUCACUGGGUGAGGUUUGGCCGGGGUCUAGGCUUGAGGUGGUAUCUGUGAGUGAGAUACCCCGAAAGCCUAGAUCCAUAGCUAAAAUACCAGCUGAGCCAUCUAGCCCGGAGGAGAUCUUGGAGAUCCUUCAGUGCUGUAACCCACAGCUUCCAACUCAAGACUGGAAAGUUGUUAAGGUUACGGACGCUGAGGGCUCUUCAAGGAAAGCGAUCGUUGUCCUGAAUAAGGACUCUUUGGGGCCGCUAAGGAAGGCACAAGGGAAGGUCUACUAUGGAUUUGGUACGAUCAUCCUGCGUGUCUACCGUAGCGACAACAAAGGCGAUACAUCCUCAGGUGAUGUAAAGCCCAUGCUCUCGGAAGAGGGCAUGGAUUGCAAUGACGCCACUGAUCCAGCCGACACUGAAGAUACCAACUCAGUCUCUGAACUAGUUGGUACAUUCUUUGAACGGAUGGAUGAGGUGGUGGACGAGGACGCCCUCCUGAAUUCUGACCAGGAGGACGCCGACGUCACUAUUGUAAAAAUGGAGCAUGGUGAGGGUGACCCAGAUAAACCUUCACCACUCUAAAGCAGCAUCAGCUGCACUGCUCCUCCGAAUUGCUCAGAACGGGGAGGAGCUAGUCAUGGUCCAGGAACCUUGGGUCCAUCAGGACCGUAUCUGUGGACUAUGUUUGAAGGGCUAUAAGCUCUACUUCGCUAAAGGCGCAGUAAUGAAGAUACAGUAGCAGUCUCAUGGGAAACUAAUGAAGGCUGUUUGUUAUGGCUGAUAUCCAGCUACAUGGCGCAUGACCACGGGGAGCAUCCACCAAACGAUGAUAUCCGUAGUGCUGUGAAAAAGGCGAAUGAGUCCAGGAUACCAUUGGUUAUCUGUGCUGACGCUAACUCGCACCACAUUGUAUGGGGUAGCAGCGACACCAACACAAGAGGUGAGAGUCUUUUCAGUUUCAUACUUAAUAGUAGUUUGGAAGUAGUUAAUAGAGGUUCAGAACCUACCUUCAUUGUUUCAAACAGAAGUGAGGUACUAGACUUAACACUUGUGAGUGCUGAGCACCACAGUAUGAUUAACAAUUGGGCUGUCUCCGACGACUGCUCUUUUUCUGAUCAUCUAUAUAUUGAUUUCAAUAUCAGUGUAACUUAUAGGAAUGAUAAUACCAUUCUAAAUAGGAGGAAGACCAAUUGGGAGUUGCAGAGUGAUGUACUCUCCCGGUCUCUACCAAACCCGCCCACUAUUGAAAAUAGGGACGAUAUUGAGGUAGCAGUUGAGGCACUUACAGAAGCGUUCCAAUCAGCUACUAAUUUGGCCUGUAAGCCGAAUAUCUGCAGGGGUAGGAAUAAGCCACCCUGGUGGAACCCUGAGAUUGCACACGCAAGAA